AUGUAUCUGCUCCACAUUCUGCUGGCCUGCGUGGCCUUGGCUAGAGCUCAAGAUGCGAGUCAAGGCGGGAGCAGCUCACUCGCGCCAGAGAUAUCGACAAUCGCCCCCAACACAGAGGUGGCGACCGUGUACUCGACAUCUGUUGCAUCGCUCGCCGCGACGGCAUCGACUCAGCCCGUCCGAGAAACGACCACGCUGCAAGAAACCCCAACAACCGAAGCAGCACGACAGCCGUCUCCAGAAGCAGCCUCAGUAACCGUAUCCGCAGAACCACCCGGAACGACCGCCGUGCCGGACAAAGGCCCCGCAAUGGCCGAAAAGCGGGUUCAGACUACCGAGGCUUCCGGGACCGAAACUGUUCCGAGCGUCGUCACGCCUCAAGAAUCCACGUCUGCGCCAACUGUUCAGCCAUCGCAGAGUCCACGGAACCCGAAAUACGUCGACAUCGACAGCAUCAAACAUCCUCCCGAAGAGCCACCGCCAGAAAUACCGAGCAGACCUUUCCCGCAGAAUAUCACGGUCAGAUUAGAGAACCUCGCUUGUGAAUACCCCCAAUACCAACGCCCCGGUCUGCGCAUAGACGUCGAGAAGACAUUCAAGCAACUCUCGGAAAACAUCACAGAGGUUCAUCUGACGGAUGCGAACUGUAAAAUGUUCCUGACGUUGAACAUUACGGUGACAGCCACCGAUGGAGAUUUCAAGAAACUUCUCGCAAAGCUCGAGGAGCACGUCAAGAACAUAACCGUUGGCGAGCAUAUGAUAAUCACCGGCUUCACUCUCCACGACAGCGGAGAACACCAAGUGGACUUCAAGCCGACGGUCACCCGUGCCGGAAGAUUCCCAACGUAUCGCGAGGAAUUAAUUAUCCUCAUCGCUGUCAUUAUUCUUCUGAUCAUCGUCUUAUUCAUCGCCUGCGUUAUUUGUUCGAUCAGAUGUUGCCGACGUACGCCCUCAACAAAGACCCUCGAUAUUCUGGAGACCCAAACUCCCCGAUCCAGAAGCAUGGACUUCAGCAAUCGUAUCCCACGGGCGCACACUCUCUACAGCCCCACAGCCAGUGAAUACUCGGGCUGCCUGAGUCCCAUGACGCCUUUCGGACCGGGUAUCGUUCAACCUUUCGAUACAUGUCUCGUGCCGCUCGAAGACGUCACACCGUCCGCUGGCGGAACCCGCAACUUCUCCGCUGCUCGAGCACCAGCCCAAAGGCCCAACAAUCUCCCUAUCAGGCAGCGAGUGGAUUUUUCGCCGGACAAAAGCCGUUUCCGGUCUUACAACUACCCACCCAAACACAACCGCGCCCUGCCCGUAACGGCAAACGUUGCGAAGAGCUAUGGCAAGAAUGCGUCGCAAUCCACCGAACAGCUAACCAAACACCACUCACUCGACGAAGAUUCCGGAGUCGACAAUCCCACCUACCUGCCCACGCCGUCGACACCGCAUGUCAGCAGUGACAUCGCAGAAACUCACAAAAUGUAG